AGGAAACAGGGGCGGAGACAAAGUCACGUGGGAGCCAAAGAUGGAGCCCGGGCGAAGGUUGUGGUAGACUCGGGCGCGGGAGGACCUAGGCAAGCACGGGCGGCUGGGGAGGCGACCGUAAGCAGCCGUCAUCCUGCCGAGUGGUCCAAGAUGGAAAGUCAUAAACCAAGUACUAGCAAGGAUGAUUUAAUAUUUAAUAUCAUAUCCAGAAAAAUUAAACAACUUCCAGAACCAGACAGGAAUCUGCUUGAAUACGGAUCAGCAUAUAUUGGACUUAAUGCUGCUUUUGGGGGCCUAAUAGCGAACAGUCUAUUUCGGCGAAUCUUGAACGUGACACAAGCUCGAAUAGCGUCUAGCUUACCAAUGGCUGUGAUCCCAUUUUUGACAGCAAACCUGUCCUACCAUAGUUUUGUAAGUUUACCUUUGAGUACAGGUGAUUUGAACUGUGAAACCUGUACCACGAUGCGGGGUGCACUAGUUGGUUUUGUUCUGGGUGGUCUGUACCCUAUCCUUUUGGCUAUACCCGUGAAUGGGGGUCUUGCUGCCAGGUAUGAAUCAAGCCCCCUACCACAGAGGGGAAACAUCUUCAAUUACUGGAUUACAGUUUCUAAGCCUGUUUUUAGAAAAAUGUUAUUUCCUACUUUACUUCAGACUGUGUUUGCAGCUUAUCUUGGAUCUAGACAAUACAAACUCCUCAUAAAGGCCCUUCAGUUACCUGAACCUGACUUAGAAAUUCAAUGAUUUGAAGCAAAUAUGUACAACAAAAAUAAAAUGCUGAAAAUAA